GAAAGGGAAGAUAAUAAGCGAGUGAAUGAAAAGGGAGAAAGGAGUUAGUGGAUUGGAGAGAGGGAAAGAGAAGGAUAAGAUAGUAAAUGAGUAAAAAAAACGAGACAUAGAGAAGAAAGUGAAUGAAUGAGAGAGAGAGAGAGAGAGACAAGUUAGUAUGUGAAAAAAAUGAGACAGAGAAAAAUGUGAGUGAGUGAAAAAGACAGAAGUUGGUGAAUAAAUAAGAGAGAAAGAGAGAAGCGAGUGAGUGAGUAGCAGACCAGGACAAGCGGGUCUGUUAAUUUCUUCACACGAUCAGUGGCGCUUUCUGCUUUUACCAGAACCAUUUUUCUCCCCGUUGCUGAUAGGUUUCUAACUACAGCAUACGUACACACACUCCGGCAAGAUGAAUUGCCAAAGAAAUGUCAUUAUAUGCAAAGGUCGUGCUCCGCGUACUUCAAAGUUACAAAAACCAAGGCCAUUGAAAAGAGAAACCUUAAAUGGUACACAAAACGGGAAUAUUUUCUGUGGUGGAUUCUACCUCCUAAGCCCUACUGAUCCAGAUGUUGAUUUGAAUAAUCAUAUACCAUCGACGUCCACCAAUGGUAAACUAUGUGAGAGAAAAAUUAUUCUUCAAAAUGUUCUGCAGAACAAGGCAAAUUUUGUGAUCCAAAGGAGUCUGUCUCAUGAGCCCCUAAGUGAGAGCAGUUCAUCAGUAUUGAAGUGUAAUGGGCCCAGAUCAGCUGGUUGUGUCAAUAGUUCCAGAUCUGUUUUCUUUGGAGAUGUAAAAGAAAAUAAAUACCAUUCUUUGACAGAUGUUCUUCAUUUGAUGAAUGAUAUUUUGCCCGAAAUUUCUUCCCAAGAAAAACUGAAAUGCAAAUUGUCACGACAGAAGCUUCUUCAUUUGUCGACUUCCCCUUCAUCUCAGAAACCUCCCAAAGAUUGGAUGCAGUUACGACUAGAGUUUCCUGAUUUAUUUAAUUUAGAGAAUUUAACAUAUGUGGACCCUACAGAGCAAGAAUAUUGGCUUGAGCAAUUGGAAUCUAGAAAGUGUGUUAGUCUUUUUGUUUCUUCUUCCAAUCGGAGACAGCGGUCCCGGUGUAGCUCAGAAGUCAGUGACUAAAUCAAUCAAACUGAGCAGACUUACAAGUUGGAACUCUGAGAAAGAAUACUUUGAAACAAAAAAACAAUGAAAAAAUACCACAAAAAAAAAAAGACAAAAAGCUAGAAACUUAAUCCAGAGAGCAAUUUUUGUGAUCAAAAAAAAAAAAAAACUUUAGUUCUUAACUCUGUGAUUUCAUUCUCUCUUCUUACAUCAUUCCAUUUCUCCAGUUCCCCCUACCCCCCCUAAAUUUUUUUUUUCCAUAGCAUAUUUAUUUGCUUUGUUUAAUGAUUGUCCUUUUGGUUUGUGCAGUCUUUCAGGACAUUCAACAAAUGUGCCAAAACAUUGGAAACUUGAAUUCCAGAGAAACAACAAAAAAAAAGAAAAAGUUAUCAGAUUUCAAAUUAUUUUUAACUAAUUUGAAUGAGUUUUUUUCUUUUCUUCCUUUGCAUUUUCUUUUUUAUUUUACUUUUCGAUUAUUUUUAAUAUUUUUUUUUUUUAUCCUUUCCUGUUUUUUCAGUAAAAGACCUGUGAUAAAUAUUUUAGAACUGAAUGAGAAAUUCUUUCUUAUGAGAAGAUACAAGAAAACUCUCAAAUGUUUAAUAAUUGGAUGUGGAAAUCUUUUUUCAAUUAUUAUUGCUGAGAAGAAACCUUUGAGGAAAUGAAACCAACCCAAAGUCAACCUCUGUUCCUUGUUGUUUCAUCCAUUUUAUUGGUUCUAAAUUGGUUCGUUUCAACUGUGAAACCUUAAAUUAAUCUUAAGUUGCAGUUUUUAUUUAUUACUUCAUGUGAUGUUUAACCAUUCUUUGGUGUUAGUUCUUUCUUUCUAGGAUUUGUCAUGGAAUACAUUGGAAUACAUCAAAAUAUUUUUAUUAAUUGUUUUUGCUUUUUGGUAAUAUUUUUUUUUUUUUUUUUAAAUUCCAUUUCAUGUAUUUUAAACCAAUUCCUUGAAGAGAUUUUCUGCUUUUUGUAUUAUUGAUGUUACCAGUACAAAUAAUUUAACAAGUUUAAGCUUCAAAUGGAGAAAAUAAACAACUGUUAUUUAUUUCUAUAUUUGCUGGGUUUGACUGCUGCAUUCUUGGAUUUAAGUUUAAGGAAAUUUUCAGCUUUAUGUUGUAAGGUUACACUAAGAGGAAAAAAAAAGUUUUUUUAUUUUAAUCUCUUAACAGCUGUUUUAUUGAGAUUUUAAUCAAAGUUAACAUUGUAAUCAGUAAGUCUCACUUGAAAUCCAACUCUCUGUUUCUACAUAUCUUAAAACCUUGCUAAAAGAUAUUAGUAUGAAAAAAGAAAAAAAAAAAAAUGUAAAUAUGUGUUUGUAUGAAACUUCAAGGUCAGUUCGAAAAUAGGUUAAAAUCUGGAAUCUAAAGAAACUUGGUGAUGGUCUCCAUUGGCAAUAAUUCAUAAGAGAAUGUGUGAAAGAGUUCUUUGAUAAUUUAGGUGAAGAAAUAUAAUGUUUUUGGCUGCUUGCACUUUGAUCUGAGAGCAAGGAUGAUUGUUUUGUUGUUUUGGUUGCACACCAAUGUGCAGCAUUGUUAGCUUGCAACUAAAGAACAACUCUUUCAAGGCUUUUUUUUUUUUUGUCUUUUAAUCUUCUCUGUUCUCUGAUGAAGAGCAACAGCCUGAAACAUGAAAUUAUUUAAUUCAACUGAACUUAUCAACCUCUUGUACAAAGUCUUCCAUUUAGAGAAUAGAUUGGUAUUGUGCUUGUUGUUUUAUAGUUUGGUAAAUAAAUCCCGGAAGCAUGAAUAUUCUAACUUUACCCCCCCGCCCAAAAAAAAAACAUUAGUAGAAAAUUCUUAGAAAAACAUUGUUCUGAAUACAACCCUUAGAUACUUCUGUUCACUUGAAUGCCCCCCCCCCUCACCAUUUUAACUGAAGAAAAAACACAAGUAUUAAACUUUGUAACAAUUUUUUUUUUUUAGUGUAAUAUUUUAUGGCAAGUCUAUGCUUCAUAUGCUUGGUUUAGAUUUGAUCCCUUUAUAUAUAUAUAUAUACAUAUAUAUAUAUAUAUAUAUAUAUAUAUAUACACACACACUCACAUACACACACUUAUACAUAUUGUAAAUAUGUGCAUUAUAUUCAAAAACAAAAAAUUACCAAAUAAAUUGGAUUUAUGUUAUGUCUGUUUUAAAUGUUCAAUUUCAAAUUGUAUUUUUUAUUAAAAAUGUCAAGACAGUUCUUCAGUUAAUUUCACUUUUCAAGUUUGUAUUUAUGUAUUUCAACCUGUACACACACAUUGAAUCAUCAUCCUCAUCCUCAUUAUUAUUAUUAUUAUUAUUAUUAUUAUUAUUAUUAUUAUUAUUAUCAUCAUCAUUAAUAUUAUUACUAUUAUAUUUGUUGAUUUUCUGUACUAAAUGUAAAGGCUGCAUCUCAUCUUCAAAGUGAUUUGAAUCAAUUUCUUUUUAUACAUAUGCAUGGUUGCAUAAAACAACUCCUUUGCUAAUGUCUCUAAUAAUAAUUAUUCUUCAAAACAUUUCCCGUGGAUUACAUACACAAGCCCCAUAAGAUGGCCAGUUUUCUCCCAGUAUCCAUUUUAAAAGAUCACCUACUCAAAAAAAAUCCCUAUGUCUCACAUUUGUGUUUCUUCAAAACUUAUAAACAUACAUUUUCCACCAUUUUCUCAACACAACUAUUUCUAACUACAAAAAAAGUUCUUGAACCAUUCCUUCUUCAGUAUUCCUGAAACUGCUCCCUUACUCAUCCUACUUCCUUAUUUAAUUACCACACUUGUACGAACUGAAAAAUGCCACCCCCUUUGGUAUCACUCAGUUUUUGUUUUUUUUUUCUUGAUUCAAGAGAGAAUGCUAGUUAGAAAAUUAUAAUUAAUAUUAAUUUGAAUAUUUCAUUUAAUUUUUAACCUUGUAAAACUGACUAAAAAUGAAGAAUUAGCUACCAAUAUUAUUACUAUUUCAUGGUGUUACUAAUCUCACUGUAUAUUCCAGUCACGCAAGGUUUAGUCUUUUACCCUUUGAUCCAGCAAAAUUCAAAACUCUGACUUAGAAACAAUGAAUUAAGCUUAAUUAUAAAAAAAAGAAACAUCUUUGUCUUUGCCAGUCUUCAACACAAUUCACUUUGUUAAUUUUCAUCCUAAAUCCAGUUAUAUUGCCCUUAGAACUUUUGACUUAUUGGCUGCUACUACUGCUACUAUUAGAGAUUUUGUUUUCAUGUGAUAUAGCCAAAGCAGGGGUAACUUUACUCUGCUUUUGAAGCUGUGCAUGAAGGACAAUUUUGAGCUCAGUUCUGCCAGUUAACAAAACAAUUAUCCUUUUGUACUUUUGAUGUUUAGUGCAUAGAUCUAUAUACAUUCCCUUUAAGCCUAUUUAGACUAAUCUCAAGAGUUGAGUGGUCUUUGCUAUUGACACUGUAUAAUGCUGGUGAUAUGGUACAAAUUGGUGGAACUGAU